AUGAACCGCGACGAAGACACAACAGAAUACCAAGGUCGAUCUCGUGCCCACAGGCCGUUAGCGCGCCGCGACCGUCUCCCUACAAGCCCAAACAGGACCAGGGAUGCAAGCGCAAGUCGAAGCAGAAGCAGAAGUGGGAGGAGUAGAACCAGAAGCACCAGUCCCCGUUCUGACGAAGACGAACAACAACGGCGAUACCGCUCCAGGUCAGCAACUAGCUCUCGCGAAUCGCGGUCCAGAACCUCGUCGCGCUCGAGGAGUCGCUCGUACUCGCGUUCCAUAACCCGAUCCCGAUCUCCUCGCUCUCGAUCGCGCACGCGGUCACGGUCCCGAACAAGCUCGAUACGCGACCGCUCCCGUUCCGUAUCGCCUUCUCGCUUCCAAGGCCGCCGUCCGUCCAAGUCACAUGCCGAACAGCUUCGACCAAAUUAUCGACCCCGCUUAGAGCUGAGCGGCCACACUGCUGCCAUCAGCCAGGUUCGAAUAUCACCAGACGGAAAAUGGAUCGCCUCCGCCUCCGCCGAUGGCAGCGUCAAGAUCUGGGACGCCACCACGGGCAACAACCUCGAUACCCUCAUAGGUCACAUGGCCGGAGUCUCAUGCUUGGCAUGGGCACCGGACAGCAACACUUUGGCUACCGGUUCAGAUGACAAGGCCAUCCGCCUCUGGGACCGGGUGACCGCCAGUCCCGCCCACGCUUGUGGGGACGAAAGCAACCGUGGCCAAGGACCACGAGAGUACAUUAGAGGUGGCAGCCAGCUUGCUAGGACAGCACGCGGAGGUAGAACAGGAAUGGGUCCGCUACUGGGACAUCAUAACUAUGUUUACUGCCUCGCCUUUUCGCCAAAAGGGAAUAUUCUGGCCAGCGGGAGUUAUGACGAGGCCGUAUUUCUGUGGGAUGUGCGAGCUGGUCGGUUGAUGCGAAGCUUGCCCGCUCACAGUGACCCAGUGAGCGGCAUCGGCUUUUGCUGUGAUGGGACACUGGUUGUCAGUUGCUCUACGGAUGGACUCAUUCGCAUAUGGGAUACCUCCACCGGCCAAUGUCUCCGAACGCUCGUCCACGAGGACAACCCCGCCGUCACCAAUGUCUGUUUCAGCCCGAACGGCCGCUUCGUACUCGCCUUUAACCUCGAUAACAGCAUUCGUCUUUGGGACUAUGUAUCCGGAACCGUCAAGAAGACAUACCAAGGCCAUAAAAACAGCGGCUUUUCUAUAGGCGGAGGUUUUGGCGUGGUGAUCGACAACAAGGAUACACAGGACGACUACCGGCAUGGUAAUAUAGGCAAGCCAUUUGUCGUGUCAGCCAGUGAAGACGGAGAUAUUGUGAUGUGGGAUGUGGUAUCCAAGCAAAUCGUACAGCGUAUCGAGAAGGCCCACGAGGGAGUCUGUUUCUGGGUGGAUGUCAACGGCGACACCAUGGUGAGUUCUGGGCAGGAUUGCACUAUCAAGGUUUACAAGAAUGUGCGGAGGAAAAAGCAUGGACGCCGGUUAAAAUUUGACAAGCCGAACGGCAUCAGUGCGAUCGAUGGGACAAAUGGUCAUGGCAAUGGCAGAGGAAUUGAGAUCAACGAAGCCAUGGGUGACGAUGACCUAUAG